AUGGACCUGGCCGACUUCGCUGCAAUCCACCAGUUCGGCAGAUCCACGGCAGAUGUAUCGCCGAGCAGGAAGCCACUCUACAGGGGGCCCUCCACUUACAAAGUUGCCCUGACCCUCGAGUCACAAGGGGACAACGGGGAACAGACCGAGAGCGAAGGCAGCACCGACCGGGGCUCCAACUCCUGCGGAGUGACGGGCACCGGCGGAGUGGCAGUCCAGCAGCGGAACGCGGCGAACGCCAGAGAGAGGCACCGGACAGACAACGUCAAUACAGCAUUCAACGUAUUGCGGACGCUCAUUCCAACGGAACCGGUGGACCGAAAACUGUCCAAAUCGAAACGCCUGCGCCUGGCCUCCAGCUAUAUUUUGCAUCAGGCGAAUGUGCUCAGGGUGGACAGUGAGAGAGAGGACGGGGCGCCAUGUCUGAGGGUGUUAUAUAUCGAGGUACGGAGCAGGGAAGACUCCAGACAGACCCGAAGCAUCUGCACUUUCUGCCACACCAAACAGACUAAAGGGGUAAUCGUUGACAUUUAGCUUUCCAAAGGUUGUUGAAAUCUUGUAGCAGGGUAACAACACAUACCAGAAUGGAAAUACAAUUUCCAGUUAAGAAAAUAUCCAUCAAUCCAUCUAUCCAUUCACUUUCUGAGCCGCUUAUCCUCACGAGGGUCGCGGGAGGGCUGACGCCUAUCCCAGCUGUCAUCGGGGAGGAGGCAGGGUACAGCC